CAUUGAGGAACAUGAAUCCACUGUUGGUGUUAGCGCUGUGCGUGGCUGGUGCCUACAGCUGUGGCGUGCCCACCUACCAGCCUGUUGUUUCCCGAGUGGUCAACGGGGAGGACACUGUCCCACACAGCUGGCCCUGGCAGGUUUCCCUGCAGUAUCUCUAUAAUGGCUACUGGUAUCACACAUGUGGGGGGAGCCUUGUGGCAUCCAACUGGGUUCUAACUGCGGCUCACUGUAUCAGUUCAUCCAAUACUUACAGAGUGCAGCUCGGGAAACACAAUCUCCGACAGGUUGAAUCCGGACAGAAAACCAUCAACGUCAUCAAACUGAUUAACCAUUCCCAAUGGAACCCAAACAGACUGUCCAAUGGCUUUGAUAUCUCACUCAUCAAACUGGAGGAAAGUGUGGAAUCCACUGACACCAUCCAACCUGCCUGUUUGCCCCCAGCUGGGUUCAUCCUUCCACACCAAUUUGGCUGCUAUGUUACAGGCUGGGGCAAUCUUCAAACCGGUGGCCCAGCCCCAGAUAAGUUGCAGCAGGGACUUCUACUGGUGGUGGACCAUGAAAACUGUUCCCAGCCGGACUGGUGGGGAAGGAGCGUACAGACCAACAUGAUCUGUGGUGGUGGGGAUGGCAUCAUCUCAAGCUGCAAUGGGGACUCAGGAGGACCACUUAACUGCAGGAACGCUGAUGGGGCUUGGGAGGUCCAUGGAGUGGUCAGUUUUGGCUCAUCCCUAGGGUGCAAUUAUCCCAAGAAACCCUCAGUCUUCUCUCGAGUCUCAGAAUUCAACAGCUGGAUCAGCACGACAAUCGCCUCCAACUAAGAUUCCACGAGAUCCUGCACAAGGGGUUCCAGAAGAGCAGAACUUGAGCAGCUGAAAGAUAUUGGGUCGAUGUUAUACACACUGUGGGCUCAUUAUCUAUUAUAUUGAGAAAACAUGUUCUUAAUUAAACAAUCAUUAUUCUUUUAA